AUGAUUCGAAAAAUGGGUUUGAUGGGUCCAAAUGAAAUCGCGCCGGCGAAAGAGCCAAAAAGAGCACGGAAGGAGCAGCGGGAACGAACGAUUGACGAGAUGAUCGAUGAGUCGUAUCGACAACUGAUUGCUGACGUUAAAAGUGAAUUGAUGUCGAAAUUCGAGGAAUUGAGAGAUGGUCUCAGGAAAUCGACCAUUCAAUCCGUGCAAUCCGAGCUGGAGGAUCUCAGCGAGUGCAUUCUAGGCGCCGUUCGUGAUGCCUACGACGGUUUGACAGAUUCAGAAGGCGAAGACGACGAUGAGCAACAAGACGAAGAAGAACAAGAAGAAGACACAUCAAUUCAGUUAGAAUCGGCUCGUGAUUCCGAUGGAGAAUCAGUGAUGAUCGUUGAACGCAACACUCCAUCUCCCACAUCAUCUGUGAUCAUCGUCGAGAAUCCGAUGCGCUCUUCUGAAGAAUCCAACUCAUCUGAUUCAUCAUCAUCCUCAUCAUCAUCACCAUCGACGUCUUCUGGAGACGAAUCUGAUGACGAGGAAAAUGAAGGAAUGGAUGGAAUGGAAGCUAUGUCGAUUGAAUGGACGUCGGACGACGAGGAAGAGGACGAAGUCUGGGGAAAUUAA